AUGUCAGCGUCCAACGUUCCCAAGGAGACCUCCGAGGAGAUCACUUUGACCGUGGCGCUCUUGAGUGGCGAGGGCGCCAAGAUCGUCGCGAACUUGGACUGGACGGUGAACCAACUCCGGCUGCAGGCACAGUGGUCCUUGCGCGUGGGGAUUUGCAGUUUAGUGAACUCCGAGGGCGAGGUCUUGAAGGGCCGGAGCACGCUGGCCCACUCAGGGCUAGUCGGAGGCGACCUCCUUCAUGCCACGGUGCGGCAAGCGCGCUUAGUCUCCACCCGGCAGAGCUACGCCUUCGCGCUGAUGAGGGGCGAUGGCUCCGUCGUGAGUUGGGGUUCAAGACGCUUGGGCGGCGAUUCCUCAAGAGUCCAGCAGGAGCUAAGGGACGUGGAGCAGAUCCAGGCCUCGGGUGGUGCCUUCGCGGCCAUCCGCGCCGACGGCCAGGUCAUCACCUGGGGAGAUAGCAGCAUGGGCGGCAAGACCGGAUGGCUGGAGAAUGUGAAGCAAAUCGAAGGCAGAUGGGAGGCUUCGCCGCUCUGCGCAUGGACGGAACUGUGGAGAGCUGGGGCCGCCAAAUUGGUGGGAACUGCUUGCCGAUGCAGCUCAGCCAGCUGA